CAUUUACAUCUUUAUGGAUACUGGCAGUCAAUGGGUACAAUUCCAAAAUUCAAAUAAGUACUUAAAGUCAACUAUGAUUUAUUAGCAUUGCAUUGCAAAGAUGAAUUUACAAAUAUCAGCCGUUUCAGCUGCUCCCAGCUAUCGGCACUACAGAACAGAAUUGAUCGCGGUAUAAACAGGACGCAUCCAUCGCAAUAAUUAGCAGUUGUACACUGUUACAGACGGUAUCAUCAGAGAAUUGCAUAUGCAAAUGACGGUGGGGAAUACAACCCAAUCCGCGCAAAUGAGACGUGCAGGAUAAAUACAGAACGAUAGGGAACAUAAUAGCUUUCCCAAGGACAUCUUUUCAUUAACACUAAUUUAACAGACAUAAAAUUGUUGCCAUCUUGAUUAAUAAAGCGCGAUUUAACAUACGGAUUAAAUGUUUUUUAAAAGACAUUCUUAGGUGAAGUACAUUUUUACAACACUUUAAGGAGUUUUAAAAUAGCGAUGGUAGAAAGAGCUCAGACUAGUAUCUUCAUUUCCACGGGAGCGACAGAUUGGCGUUUGUCUCUUUAAGGACCGCACCGUCAACCACGUUACUUUGAUUGACAGUUGAGGAUUGUCACUCUCCCGCAGACCGACCUUCUCCUUCUCCAUUCCAAUCUCGGCGCUGGCGCGCCUGCCAUUGGCUGUCGUUCGCGUAGCUCAGCAUGAUCGACAAGCAGGGACUCUCAGGGAUGAACCCCAUUGGUGAGUUUUUCUUGCAACGACUUGUUCCCACGUGGGUGCAUAGACUCUAUUGGCCGAGUUCAGUUUUCUGGGGUGGUCCUAUGUCCGGUUAGCGCUGGGAGUGUGAAACCGCGUGUGAAAGUACCCAGUGUGUAGGUGUAGGACAGGGAGUUGCAUUGUAAUUGCUAUUAUAGAGAUUAUUAUUAUCAAUACUCCUGCUUUUUUUGUUACAGAACAUUUUCUGAACCAGGUACCUUCUCGGACCUCUAUUUCCGUUUACUUGUUGUAUUAUUGACCGUUAUUAAUGCUCGAAAACAACUUCGAUCCGAUCGUUAAUUGGCGACACUUUUGUCGCGAUGAACUUUGGAGGAUUUUCGCUUGCAGAUUCCCUUUUUUGACGUUGCGGUCGGACUUUCGGUGAAAACGUCUGUGCUGUUGUUCGUGUUUUACUUUCAUUUCGAUCCAUUUGGAUAUCAUUCCCGUGGAGACUGCAUCGUUGCGCUCGAAGGAGUGAAGAUAUUUCUGCACGGGGCGGGGACUUAUUUUUCUUCACCUGUUUUUUUUCCCUGAUGGUUCUUGUUGUGAUUUUAUACGUUGAUUUUCUGUUCCUCUGCUGGAGUACCUUAAGAGAUCAAGGAACAGGCUCACGCCCGAACUCAAGUUAGUUGAUUUAAGAGCCGCGGCGACUGGAGCUCUUGUUUUGCUCUGUGGAGUAGACACCGACUGGACGGGGGGGUCGAGGAUUGGUGUUCUUGUAAGGGCCCCAUUUUCAUCGGGGACGAUCCAGGAUGACUCUGUCAUAAUUCAUAAUUUCUCGGGAGAGCUUCUUGGUUUUUUAUUUUCAGAAACAGGUUCAAAUAUAAACAACCGAGACCAGCCGAUUCUCGGCCGAAGCAAGACAGAGCGAGCCAUGUUUCCCCAAAGCCGCCACCCGGCUCCGCACCAGGGUCCUGGGCAGCCGUUUAAAUUCACAAUUCCCGAGUCCUUGGAUCGGAUAAAAGAAGAAUUUCAGUUUCUGCAGGCCCAGUAUCACAGUCUGAAGCUGGAGUGUGAGAAGCUGGCGGGGGAGAAGACUGAGAUGCAGCGCCACUAUGUGAUGUAUUAUGAAAUGUCCUAUGGGCUCAACAUCGAGAUGCACAAACAGACUGAGAUCGCGAAGCGGCUGAACACCAUCUGUGCCCAGGUCAUCCCGUUCCUGUCACAGGAACACCAGCAGCAGGUAGCUCAGGCAGUGGAGAGGGCCAAACAGGUGACCAUGGCCGAGCUCAAUGCCAUCAUCGGGGUACGUGGACUUCCUGGUCUACCUCCUACACAGCAGCACCUGUCUCACGGCCACGCCCCCCCUGUCCCCAUGACCCCCCACCCUGCGGGUUUGCCGCCCCCCGGCCUGCCUCACCUGGGGGGCAGCGCCAGCCUAUUGGCUCUCUCCAGUGCCCUGGGGGGGCCGCCUCACCUGUCUGUCAAAGACGACAAGAAGAGCGCCCACGAGUCGGACCACCACAGAGACCGAGAGCCAAGCACGAGUAACUCCCUGCUGAUCCCGGAGGGCCUACGGGGGUCGGACAAGCGACGGAAUGGCCCAGAAUUCUCCAGCGACACCAAGAAGCGGAAAAUGGAGGACAAGGACUCCAGCCACUAUGACAGCGAUGGAGAAAAAAGUGACGACAACCUUGUUGUGGAUGUUUCCAAUGAGGACCCCUCCUCACCUCGUGCCACGCCCAUCCCCUCACCCAGAGAGAAUGGUCUGGAUAAGACACGCCUCCUGAAGAAGGACGCCUCCAGUAGCCCCGCCUCCACCGCCUCCUCUGCUAGCUCCUCCUCCCUCAAGUCCAAAGAGUUGAGCAUGCAUGAGAAGUCCAGCACCCCCACCCCCCGGGGGGACGCGACCCCGGGCCCCAGCGCCACGCCUGGCCUGCGCCCCAGCCUCGCGAAACCCCCCUCCAUGGAGCUGCCACACCCCCCCAGCUUGCGGACCCCGCUGGCAGUGCCAGGCCCGUACCCCGGGCCGUUUGGCAUGGUGCCCCACGCGGGUAUGAACGGGGACCUGACCAGCCCGGGCGCCGCCUACGCCAGCCUGCACAACAUCUCCCCUCAGAUGAGCGCCGCCGUGGCCGCCUACGGACGCUCGCCCAUGGUCGGCUUUGAUCCGCACCCCCACAUGCGUGUACCUGGAAUGCCUCCCAACCUGCCCGGGAUCCCUGGAGGCAAGCCGUGAGGCUACUCCUUCCACGUGAGCGCGGACGGGCAGAUGCAGCCGGUGCCCUUCCCUCCGGACGCUCUGAUUGGCCCGGGCAUCCCGCGCCACGCCCGCCAGAUCAACACGCUGAGCCACGGGGAGGUGGUGUGCGCCGUCACCAUCAGCAACCCCACCCGCCACGUCUACACCGGCGGCAAGGGCUGCGUGAAGGUGUGGGACAUCAGUCACCCCGGCAACAAGAGCCCCGUGUCCCAGCUCGACUGCCUGAACAGGGAUAACUACAUCCGGUCCUGCAAGCUCCUCCCGGACGGCUGCACCCUGAUCGUGGGGGGGGAGGCCAGCACGCUGUCCAUCUGGGACCUGGCGGCCCCCACCCCCCGCAUCAAGGCGGAGCUCACCUCCUCCGCCCCCGCCUGCUACGCCCUCGCCAUCAGCCCCGACUCCAAGGUCUGCUUCUCCUGCUGCAGCGACGGAAACAUCGCGGUCUGGGACCUGCACAACCAGACCCUGGUCAGGCAGUUCCAGGGUCACACAGAUGGGGCCAGCUGCAUUGAUAUUUCUAAUGACGGCACUAAGCUGUGGACGGGAGGUCUGGACAACACUGUGAGGUCCUGGGACCUGCGAGAGGGUCGCCAGCUCCAACAGCACGACUUCACCUCACAGAUCUUCUCUCUGGGGUACUGUCCCACCGGGGAGUGGCUGGCCGUGGGGAUGGAGAGCAGCAACGUGGAAGUUCUGCACGUCACCAAACCCGACAAGUACCAGCUGCACCUGCACGAGAGCUGCGUUCUCUCCCUACAGUUCGCCUACUGCGGUAAGGGCCUGCUGCUUCGGGUUAGCCUUGCUGCAGUAAGUGAUCAUCUCUAUGGAGCCAGUAUAUUCCAGUCGAAGGAGUCUUCCUCGGUCCUGAGCUGCGACAUCUCUGUGGAUGACAAAUACAUCGUCACCGGCUCGGGGGACAAGAAGGCCACCGUGUACGAGGUCAUCUACUGAAUACCAAAGUCUUUUUCUUUUUAUCGAAUCUAUUUUUUUACGAACCUAAACUGAACUGAAUUCAGGAACCACGCCGAAUUCCACCUGUCAGCUCCAGUGACCGAGCCGUCCAAUCCCGAUCCAGAUUCCAGGUGGCCUGGGGGUGCGGUGGGGGGGGGGCGGAGCCUCUGCAGGGCGAGGUGGAUUGACAGGUAGCUGCACAGGUGGCAGAAUAUUCGGUGGAUUGCGAAGUGGAUUUCACUUUUUUUAUUUUUAUUUACCGGACGAAGAAUGUGUGGCGUCUCAGUGACCUCAGCCCUUCCUGCUGUCACAUUCUGCAACCUUCGACCCCUGACCCCUGACCUCUUACCUCUAGUGAUGUCCUAUCCACUUCUCUAUGCUUAUGCCACCUUGAUAUCUUUUUUUUUGAUGGUCAAGCUAAUGUAUAAAUUGUAUAUAUUUGGUUAUUACAGUAAAUUCUUUUAGUAACGACAAUGUUUGGUAUGUCUUUUUAAAAAUAACAUAGCAAGGAUAACACUUGGUCUAAAUACUGUCUAAUAUAAUAUGAUGGAUUCGUCUACACAAUAAAUGUUUUUUCUAACAA